AUGCACUUGGAGAUUCGGAUUGUGCAACACUGUGGCGAUUAUGUACGCAAGUCUGAGAAGACCCUGCGCCAGCCCGCGGUCAUCAUCGACAACGGGUCUGGCCACGUCAAGGCAGGAGUUGCCGACGAAGAAGUACCGCGAUGCGUUUUUCCUGCUGUUGUGGGCAAACCGAAGCAUGCGGCCAUGAUGCCAGGCAGCGACAAAAAAGACUUUUAUGUUGGCGAGGAAGCUAUGGGUAAACGAGGCGUGCUGUGCUUAUCUUAUCCAAUUGAGCACGGCAUCGUGAAAGAUUGGUCGGAGAUGGAGAAGGUAUGGCAUCACACCUUUUUCGAUGCAUUGCGCAUCAAUCCGGAAGAUCAGGCCUGCGUUGUUAGCGAGGCACCAAUGAAUCCCAAAAAGAAUCGAGAAAGGAUGGUCGAGAUGCUGUUCGAAAAGUUUAGUUGUCCAGCAGCGUACAUCGUUAUCCAGGCCGUGAUGUCCUUAUACUCCAGUGGCCGUACAACGGGGACCGUAGUCGACUCUGGCGACGGCGUGACCCACACCGUGCCAGUUUACGAAGGCUUUGCACUGCCUCAUGCCAUUCAGCGGUUAGACCUCGCUGGAAGGGAUCUCUCCGAAUACAUGAUCAAGAUCCUUCACGACAGUGGCCACAAUAUGACGUCUUCAUCUGAGAAAGACAUUGUCCGAGAGAUGAAGGAGACCACGUGCUAUGUUUGCAAAGGUGACUGGAAGACUGAGAUGCAGUCCGCCAAGGAACAUCCGACAGAAUUUGAGAAGAUCUACAGCCUUCCAGAUGGCCAGAAGGUGGCCCUGGGCUCUGAGCGCUUUCGGGUCCCAGAGGUUAUGUUUGAUCCUAUGAUCGCAGGACGAGAGCUCCCAGGGCUGCAUCAAUCCAUCUAUCGCUGCAUCCAGGACUGCGACAUAGAUCUUCGAAAAGAUCUUCUGAAGAACAUUGUCCUGAGUGGAGGAAACACGAUGUUCCCUGGAAUCGCUGAGCGACUGGAGAGCGAGCUGAAGGCUUUGGCCCCGCAGAAAAUCAACGUCAAGGUAAUAGCCAAUCCACAGAGAAGGUACCUUGUUUGGAUGGGUGCCUCCAUUCUAACCCGGCUCUCGAGUUUUCAGAAUCUGUUGAUAACGAAAGCAGAGUAUGAUUCGGUGGGGCCAGCCAUUGUUCACAGCAAAUGCAUCAGCGUCGUCUUCUUCACUUGCGCCAGGCUGUGGUCAGGCGGAAUGUUCCGCACGAAGCGACGAAACUGCGAGGCAGAGUCUAUCUCCGCGCUGCGAGAAGCCAUCGUGUCUGAAAGCUUAGAGCUGAUUGCCCUUCAGGCUGUGGUGGCCGGCGGAGGAAAGCUGGCGCGGCCUUCAACAAAGCUUCAACAGGGUGUCGACUGGAACCCUGACAUGGAACAGUCCCUUGUGAAGAUUCUGGAAAGACGUGCUCAACAGCGCCGAAAUUGGUUUCGGAAGCAGCGGGAGUUCUUGCUGCAGGACCUGCGCUGGGAAGAUUGGUCUACCAACUGA